AUGGCUUCUGCAACAAAUGUUUCACAUAUUAAAAAAAAACAACAUAAAAAAAGACGAUCUAUACGCCAAACAGUGCAACCGGCUAAACCUGUACGAACAACAAAAGAAAUUAAACUUAUACACACGAAAAACAUGUUAAAAGAUGACUGUAAAAGUGCAGAUAUCUCCAAACCACCUCUUCACAUGCUACAAGACUCUCAUUCUCAAAAGCUCCUUGAAAUGCUCAAUAACCAUUUUCACGAUCUACAACAUACUACUCAUGAGCGUUGUAAAAAAGAACUUUUUUCACUUGCAGAAGAAGCCAUUCAAACUCUUUCAAAUCCACCUGCUGAUCCUAUAUUCCAACAGAUGCAACAUGAACUUGAAAAUGCACAACUCGACUGUACUUUCAUAAUGGAUCAAGAAAAAACGCUUCAAGAAGCACAACAACGUCUUUCUACUUGUUUGGAGACAUAUAUUAAGGAAGCGAAGAAAAUUCAAACAGAAAUACGGGCUCUUCUUCUUUCAACGGGACCUUUUGAGCUUACUGAUGACAUAUGGACGGAUGCUGAAGCACUUUUAGAACAAGUAAACAUGAUUACAGACAAAUAUCUACAUAAGAUGAAAGAUACAAUGCAGCUCUGUUCAACUUGGAUAUUAAUGGGUCAAUAG